AUGAUGGCCAUUAUAGGCCCAUCAUUUAUCAAUUCACAAUCACUCAUUCAAUCACAACUACAACCAUCCACUAUUAAGAAUGUCAAUGAUGUAUCAGUCGUACAAGGAUUGAUUGGAAGAAUACUUGGCUCAGAGUUCAUACCAGUGUUCCAGUUGACAUUGGCCAACAACUCAAACAAUGAAGAGUACUUUAGUGUGAGCAGCACCACUGCCAACACCAUCCAACUGACCGCCAACACCCCUGUCAACUUGGCUUCGGCACUCAACUACUAUCUCAAGUACUAUGCCAUGUGCACAUUCUCAUGGACCGGUGACCAAUGCUCGUUGAAGACAUCAUCUAUUCCAUCAGUCCCAACUGCAGUGACAAUCAACGUUCUGUCACAGUGGCGAUACUACAUGAAUGUAUGUACCUUUGGCUACAGCACAGUGUGGUGGGACUGGCCGAGAUGGGAGCGUGAGAUCGACUGGAUGGCGUUGAAUGGAUACAACCUACCAUUGGCAUUCGUUGGCCAAGAGUAUGUUUGGUACGAGAUCUUCAAGCAGAUGGGCUUGUCCGAGGCCCAGCUCAUGGAUUGGUUCACAGGACCCGCUUUUCUCCCAUGGAACAGGAUGGGCAACGUCAAUCAAUGGGCUGGCAACUUGACCAUGGGUUGGAUGUCCGAUCAGAUGUCCCUCCAAAUACAGAUCCUCGGUAGAAUGAGACAGUAUGGUAUGAAGGCAGUGCUGCCAGGUUUUGCUGGUCACGUUCCCCAGGCCCUCUCCGAGGUGUAUCCCAAAGCCAACAUUGUACAGCUGGGCGGCUGGGGGACAUUCAAUGGCACCUACUACCUCGAUCCAUCUGACCCCCUAUUCUCCAAGAUCGCUCAAACGUUCAUCUUCACCCAAGACCAGCUAUAUGGAACUGAUCACUACUACAACUUUGAUCCAUUCAAUGAGUUGGAGCCUCCAAGUAACGACACCACCUACCUCCACAACUGCAGCAAGUUGAUGUUCAGCAAUCUGUUGGCGGCUGACCCCAACGCCAUCUGGGUGCUUCAGGGAUGGUUCCUGGUCGAUGAUCCAGAAUUUUGGCAACCCGCUCAAACUGAAGCCUUCCUCUCGGGUGUCCCAAUUGGCAAACUGCUCGUGCUUGACCUCUGGGCCGAUGUAAUCCCCGCCUGGAACAUCACCAAGUACUUCUAUGGCCACAAUUGGAUAUGGUGCAUGCUGCACAACUUUGGCGGUCGCACUGGCAUGUAUGGAAAGAUACCAACGAUCAGCACUGCGCCCAUCAUUGCUAGGGGCCUUUCUCCGGGCAUGGUCGGAACUGGUCUCACUCCAGAGGCCAUCGAACAGAAUGUAAUAGUUUAUGAUCUGAUGAAUGAGAUGGCUUGGCGUGCGACUCCGCCCAACCUUCAACAAUGGGUUGAGAACUAUGUCUCGCGCCGCUAUGGAAAGCCAAACAACGACCUGUCCCAGGUCUGGUACGACAUGGUCCUAACAGUUUUCAACUGUACCGAGUUCCUCUAUGGCACCGUGGACAGCUUGAUUGGUCUGCGUCCUCAUCUCAACUGGACCAGCACAUUGUACUACAACCCCGACGUGGUCAACCGCGCAUGGUCAACAAUGGUGGCGAUCACUGACCCCGACAUAUUGGCGACCUCCACCUUCCAGUUUGAUAUCGCAGAGGUCACGACUCAAGCACUAAGCAACAUCUUCUUGCAGGAUGAGUUGAUCAUGAACUCAGCAUUCCUCGAUGGUGACCUGACAGUGUUCUUGAAACAAUCAGAGGCAUUGCUCAACUUGAUUGCAGAUGUAGAUACAAUAGUCUCCACUCAACAGAUGCUACUGAUUGGCAAUUGGACUGCUCGCGCUCGUGCCCUCACCCCAGCAGGCGAGUCUACAGACCUCUACGAGUUUAACGCGAGGAAUCAGGUCACUCUCUGGGGACCCUACUACUCUGAUGUACAUGACUAUGCCUACAAGCUAUGGGGCGGUCUGACUGAGGACUAUUACCUAAUGCGUUGGACACUCUUUACCAAGUAUCUGGCUCAGUCUUUGACCACUCAUCAACCAUUUGACUACAACAAGUUUGUCCAGGACGAUGAGUACUUGGAGAGCUACUGGGGAACACAGACCAACAAGUAUCCUACCGAGCCCACUGGCAACGCCAUUGAUAUCUCGAGGAUACUGGCCAAGCAACAUCUUGGAGCAUUGGCAAUGUAA